CGUGAGGGCGGGACUUCCUGUAGAGCUUGCCGCUUCCGGCAUUGUCCGGAAGUCGAGAGCAGACCCAUUCGUACUUGCUUGUUCCCCUUGGGUAGCGCAGGUCCCGGCUGUUUCUCCUUUGGCGACCCCCGGUACCGCCGCUGACACCCAACAAAGUGCACAUCGGAGAUCCCUGCCCCCAUCUUAUCUCCUGCCUGGCUGUUCGUCUGUUUUCCCGCCGACUUGCUGCGGUCCGGGGAGCGUUCUGUCCAUGGCUGGAGCCGCCCCGGCCACGGCCUUUGGGCAGGUGGUGAUCGGCCCGCCGGGUUCGGGGAAGACGACGUAUUGUCUGGGUAUGAGUGAGUUCCUGCGCGCGCUAGGCCGGCGCGUGGCCGUUGUGAACCUGGACCCGGCCAACGACGGUCUGCCGUACGAGUGCGCGGUGGACGUAGGAGAGUUGGUGGGGCUGGGAGACGUGAUGGACGCGCUGCGGCUAGGGCCCAACGGCGGCCUGCUCUACUGCAUGGAGUACCUGGAAGCCAACCUGGACUGGCUGCGUGCCAAGCUCGACCCCCUUCGUGGCUAUUACUUUCUCUUCGACUGCCCAGGCCAAGUGGAGCUCUGCACGCAUCACGGCGCCCUGCGUAGCAUCUUCUCCCAAAUGACGCAGUGGGACCUUAGGCUGACUGCAGUCCACCUCGUGGAUUCGCACUACUGCACAGACCCGGCCAAGUUUAUUUCAGUACUGUGCACCUCCCUGGCCACCAUGCUGCACGUGGAACUGCCACAUGUCAACCUCCUUUCCAAGAUGGAUCUCAUUGAGCACUAUGGGAAGCUGGGCCAAGGAAGCUCCAUUUACAGAGGCAGCAUGGAGGAGGCUGUAGUUAGAGAUUGGAACGACACACCUGUUUCAUUCAUGCCUAUUUCUUUCCUCAUCGUACAGGACAAGGAGAGUGUUCAGCGAGUCCUGCAGGCUGUGGAUAAAGCCAAUGGCUACUGUUUUGGGGUCCAAGAGCAGCGAAGCCUGGAGGCCAUGAUGUCUGCCGCAGUGGGAGCAGACUUCCAUUUCUCCUCCACACUGGGCAUCCAGGAGAAGUACUUGGCACCCUCGGACCAGUCAGUGGAGCAGGAAGCCAUGCAGCUAUAGCAGCAGCUGGGCCACGGAGAGCAGGAUGCAUAACCCGGCCAUGGAGAAAGUGGAGGCUCCUGGUGAGCACUGGACAGCUCAGCAAGCUGCAGACUCAGGAGCAAGUCCAGCAAGAGCUGAGAGGCUGGCAAGAGGUUACCUGGCUCUGCAAAGGACUUUUGGUCAAAAAGACAGAUGUGGCACCAAGCAGAACACCCACCACACACAGUGGUGCCCAUGAACAACUGGCCCUGCCAUCAGGAUGUUGAGCACUGGUUCCAUUCAGGCUGUGAUGGAAUGAAUGCACUGCAAUACAAGACUUUCUUUUCUACUUUUUUGUGGCUUCCAAACUUUUCUUCAAUCCUCCAGGCCCAGGCAGUUGGGGCAGAACAAGGGAAUUUCCCCUCACAAGAGUCCUAUUUCUUCAUCUAGAUCAGUGCUUCCCCAAAGCACAGGGUCCAUCAGUAGAGGAUUGACACUCAGUCUUUGGUGGUGCAUUUUUAUUAAUAUUCAGUUUUUGGCUUCAGUUUUUAUUUUUUUUAGAA